GGAACAUCACAAUUCCUCCACCUGAGACACCCCUCUAUAGUUACGCAUCAACCCUGCACUAGUCAAGUGUCACCCCUCCUCAGAAAUUGGCAGUAUUUAUGUUACAGUCAAGUAUCAACCCUGCACUAGUGGAGCGUCACCCCUCCUUCUCAACCCUCACCCCUGCAUUGGUCAGAUGUCCAGCUCUCAAACAACCACCACUAAUGGGGUGGUGGUCAUCACCCAUGUCUACCCCUAUGGGAACGGGGUGGGGGUCGCGGGGGUCGCUUCUACCCCUCACUGUCUGGGACAGACGGUUUUCUCAGUGCUGGGAAGUUUCCGGGCAGGGCAUCCAAAAGCGCUUGGGACCGUACAGAUCAUGAUUGGUUUGAUGAUGCUGUUAACAGGAAUUGUGAUGGCUACAGCCCCGUGGUUGGAUAAUAUUGGAGUAGUCAGUGGAAUAUUUGUCUGGGGAUCGAUCAUUUAUGUAGUUGCAGGCUCUCUCACUGUUGCCGCUGACAACAAACUGAACAAAUGUCUGGUGAAAGGCUCCCUGGGAAUGAAUGUUGUCGCCACGGUUACUGCUCUUACUGGCAUCAUCCUCCAUUCUUUAGACAGUGCUGGGAUCAUGUUGUACUGUGACUCUACAUACGAUUUCUGUCAACAGUACUGGGUCAGGUCUCAGGGAAUAUCAGGUCUUUUGGCUGUUUUCUCCUUGCUGGAGUUCAUAGUGUCCAUUUGUGUCUCGUCAUUCGCCUGCAGAGCUGUCUGCCUGUGCUGCCGUUCCACCCCUGAGCAAGUGUCCUCCAUUGGGUAUCAAAUACCGGUACCUCAUGGCAGCAUGACUCCAAGCAACGCACCUUACCCUCCUCAGAACAACUACGAGACUGGGAACUACCCGAAGGUUCCUGAGGGAGACGGUAUGGGUACAGGGUUUCAACAGAACCACCUGCCUCCUCAAUACACUGCCUGAGAAACGGGCCUGUGAAUCCAUUGCUAUUUUUCUUGUUGAAAUCAUGUUCUCAUGUAGACCUAUGUUUCUGAUCCAAGCCAGGCAAUGGUUAGCAGCACCACAUCACUGAUCUGAAUAAUUUGACAGUUAAAUACUGUUAGUGUAUCGUAAUGUUAUAUAUGAUCUUUUGGCUACUAUAUGGUUAACAUUUUAAUGUUUUUUCUGUCUCUCAUAAUUUUCUAUAGAAAAAUAGUAGCCUUCAUUUAUCAACAAAAAUCAACCACGGUGUAUCCUUUGUCAAUGUUUGUAAAUGACAUGGGCCUAUAAUGAUGACAUUUAUUGCAAAUACAUAUCACUGAAUAAACUGGGAAAAAAUG